UCCACCCGUGGGGUCGUGUGAUCGUGUAGCUAGAUAUGGCGCGUACCUCGCGCUCAGAGAAGAUGCCCUUGUGCAAGGUGGCCAUGGCGGCAGCAAUAUACAGCAGUGUUGGGUCGGAGGCCUUCCAGGGCGGCUUUUUCGCCAAGUCGCUCGGCAAGGUGGGCCCGGUACGUGUUCGCUCUACGCAUCAAAUGGUCGCGUCGCCCCCCAAGGUUGAGCCGGUUGAAGUUGCACCCGGCUUCAACAAGCCUGGGAGCGGGCGGGUGAAGCGCACUACCGACCCCUACAAUCCGGACUUCCAUGAGGUGGCUUCCUUCGGAGACGCGUACCCUGAAUCUACUAAGCGCUACCAGGAGAUUGUCCACGCCGAAACUGGCCACAAGAUGAAAGUUCCAUUCCGUAGAAUCCACCUGUCCGACCCCGACCCUGGAUGCUCGCAUCUCGACGUGUACGACACUGCUGGCCCCCUUGGAGCGGAUCCUAGGAAAGGUUUGCCAAGCGUUCGAGGCGAAUGGGUUAAACGGCGGGAGGACUCUGGGGACGAAGUGUUCACUCAGAUGCACUACGCCAAGAAGGGCAUCAUUACUGAGGAGAUGGCAUACUGUGCUGCGAGGGAGGGGAUGGACCCUGAGUUCGUUAGGUCCGAAGUAGAGCGAGGGCGGGCAAUCAUCCCUUCGAACAAGCGCCACGUCGAGCUCGAGCCCAUGAUCAUCGGACGCCUCUUUAAGGUUAAAGUAAACAGCAACAUCGGGAACUCGGACGUGGUGAGCAGCGUCGAAGCGGAGGUGGAGAAGCUGCAGUGGUCCACGCUCUGGGGCGCGGACACCCUUAUGGACCUGUCGACUGGGGCACACAUCAGACAGACCCGCGAGUGGAUCCUGCGGAACUCUCCUAUUCCCGUAGGAACCGUGCCCAUUUACCAGGCCUUGGAGAAGGUGGACGGUAUCGCUGAGGACCUCACGUGGGAAGUUCUCCGCGACACGCUUAUCGAGCAAGCCGAGCAGGGGGUGGACUACUUCACGAUCCAUGCGGGGGUAUUGCUAUCUUUCGUGCCGCACACGGCCGACCGGUUGACGGGCAUCGUCAGCCGAGGUGGAUCUAUCCAUGCCAAGUGGUGCAUCGCGCAUCAUAAGGAAAACUUUGCGUACGAACACUGGGACGAGAUCCUCGACAUUUGCAACAAGUACGACAUCUCGCUCUCUAUUGGAGAUGGUCUACGCCCGGGAUGCAUCAAGGACGCCAAUGACUUUGCUCAAUUCGCUGAACUCAAGGUCCAGGGCGAGCUGACAUCGCGAGCUUGGGCUAAGGACGUCCAGGUGAUGAACGAGGGCCCUGGGCACGUGCCUCUCCACAAGAUUCCCGAGAACAUGCGCAACCAACUCGACUGGUGCCACGAGGCUCCCUUCUAUACGCUGGGUCCCCUCACGACGGACAUCGCUCCUGGAUAUGACCACAUCACCUCUGCGAUCGGUGCUGCAAACAUUGGGGCUAUGGGCACUGCCAUGUUGUGUUACGUAACCCCCAAGGAGCACCUGGGUCUGCCCAACAAGUACGAUGUGAAACAGGGCCUGAUGGCUUACCGCAUCGCUGCACAUGCUGCGGAUUUGGCCAAAGGACACCCGCGUGCGCAGGAAUGGGAUGAUUGCUUGUCAAAGGCUCGUUUCGAGUUCCGCUGGAACGACCAGUUCAACCUCGCCCUUGACCCCCCGACGGCGAGAUCGUACCACGAUGAAACGCUCCCAGCAGACGGAGGAAAGACGGCGCACUUCUGCUCAAUGUGUGGGCCAAAGUUCUGCUCCAUGAAGAUUACAGACGAUGUGCGAGAGUACGCCAAAGAGCAGGGCUACGGGGUCGAAGAGGCCCUGGCAGCCGGGAUGGAAAAGAUGGGCGAGUUGUACAAACAGAAGGGCCAACAGCUUUACUCGGAGGACUUCGUUGAGGAGGACAACACCGGCCUCGAGAACAAGAUUCUCAAGAACGAGUGAUUGGUUGCGUUCAAGCGAAACGUUUACAGAAGAGUCCGGGAAUUUUGAUCAGGAAUGGAGUUGUGGGAGCAACUUUCGGUGCUAGUCGCGUUUUCGCGGCGAGGGAAGAACCGCCGCUGAGAGAAAACUCAGUAGUAUGUAUUUUGCCGGCGUCUUCUCAAACCCGAUUAACGGAGUAGGUAGUGGAAGAAGUGACCUCACGGCGAAAGCAAUUGCGCUCGGAUGACCCUGCCCCCAGGGAAAGCAGUGACGUCUAACGUCCUUUCGAGUCUUUGUACGACAUCGCUUUCAACGACCCCUUGGUGUACCCUGUACCAACUUGGAACAUUUGAAAAUGCCACGGGUACCACGUAUGUUUGGUAACGCAAAAUUAUUUCAGGAAAUCGGAGAUUUCCACUCUUCCAAUUUCCAGUCUGAUCACCGACGGAGGCCUUCCGCAAUGGACUGUUUGCGUUCUUGCAAAGUGGCCCUAUAUCUCUCGAUUUCCUCCUGA